AUGAAGUCUGCCGGUCUAUCGUCAACACUGGCAUUCGCUGCCUUGCUUGGGCUCUCGGCUGCUCAUCCCAAAGGCUCUAGAGAUGUCAAUGGAGCAAUUAUUCGGUCUGAGAAGAUCCUCGUUACUGAUCCUUCACUCAACGAGGCGACCGAGGCCCCUCAAGUCGUUGUCUAUGUCGACGAAGAGGGCACCCCUUUGGAAACUACCAUCCAAACGGUCCGCUUCGUGCCGCCAUCGCAAUCACCCAAGCGCCCUUCGAAGCCUGCAGAACUCAAAACCCGAUCCGAGGAACUAGCCACUCGCGUUACCUCGUCACGAGACCUUACCAGUGACCUCCUAGGCUCUUCUUCUUCGUUGGUUGCCUCGGCGACAACGUCUCUCUCCGUUUCUUCAACAUCAUCCUCUACGCCAAUUCCCUCUUCCUCCCUUACUUCAAACUCGACUCUCACUUCAAACUCGACUCUGAACGGAAUUGCGUAUGCACCUUACACAGCAGCGGGACUGUGCAAGACGGCCGCUGAGAUCGACGCCGACUUCACGGAGCUCAAGGGGAAGUACUCGGUAGUGCGCACCUACGGCACCGACUGCAAUCAGAUCGCGAACGCCCUUCCCGCAGCCAAGAAGGCUGGUCUCAAGCUCUUCUUGGGCAUCUUUGAUAUCAGCUCAAUCUCUGACCAGGUCGCGGCCAUUAGUACGGCAGCCAACGGCGACUGGUCUCUGAUCGAUACUGUCAGUGUCGGCAACGAAUUGGUCAACAAUGGCAAGGCCACAGCGCAGCAAGUCGUAACAGCCGUCGGGGAGACUCGCCAGCUUCUCCGCGCCAAAGGUUACACCGGUCCUGUUGUGGCUGUCGAUACCUUUGUGGCGGUUCUUGCCAACCCUUCACUUUGUGAUGCUUCUGACUACUGCGCGAUGAAUAUUCACCCCUUCUUCGACAGCAACACGGCGGCGAAGGACGCUGGCUCGUUCAUCACCAACACGGUUGCUCAGGUCCAGGCCAAGCUCACUGACCGAAGCAAGCGUAUCGUCUGCACGGAGACGGGGUGGCCAUGGAAGGGAAAUUCCAACGGUGCCGCUGUACCCGGUCUUUCUGAGCAAAAGUUGGCCGUCGACUCAAUCAAGAAGGCAUACACAAGCCAUCCGAAUGAUGUGAUCCUCUUCUCUGCUUUCAACGACCUCUGGAAGCACGCCGAGGCAGCGACCUUCAAUGCGGAGCAGUACUGGGGCAUUGGAGCUCUGUACUCGGCAUCUGGAAAAUAG